AUGGCCGAGGGGAUAAGGAGUGAAAUUUGAGAUUUUUGCAGUGUUUUCUGACACAUUGAGUUGCGAUUCAGACCUGUCGACUGUUUGUGUCUUUCUCCAGGGAACAAUUUGCAAAAGAUGGCAGCGACACAAUCCUCUGUGGAGCCGUUCAAGGCCACGAAAUUGUGGAACAUGAUCAUCCAGGAAUUCCGGUCCGGGAUGCCCCUCAAACGCCAUCGAAAAGGACUCAGAAGCCGUCCCUAUGACAACUGCUUCACAUCGUCCGAGGCUGUGGAAUGGCUCCAUGAAUACCUACAAAACUGUGACAGGUUUGGCCCCUGGGUCACAAAGUCGCAGACCAUCUCCUUGCUUGAAAAGUUUCUUCAGAGCAAGGUCAUCCAGGUCGUGAAGGGGUCAACUAAGGGAAGUUCAACACCAAAGUUUGAGGACAACGGAGAUCUCUACAGAUUUGUCCAUGUUUCCCCGAUCAAGAAACUUCGCUCUGCCCUCAGCCGCUCCAACCUCCGCAGCGCCCGUACCCCCCUCAAAACCAUCAACUCGGAGCCUGUCGGCAGGACGCUAUCCUACGACAAUCCAACAUUCAACAUCAAGGACACGGAUAAAGAGUCUGGUGAGAAGAGAAAGGUGGUGCCAGAGUGUCGUCUCGUCCAGCGACCUCUUACUGCAGCUCAGACGGAGGAAGUUUGGCAAAGUGCAACACUUACAAGACUGCAGAGGCUUCUCUGGUUGUCCAGCUUAGAUUAUCUACUGGGUGGCGGUCAAAUCAAUCCGAAGUACAUCAUACACAAUUGCACUCACGUCAGCCGGAAUGGUGUUGUGCUCGUUCCUAAGGAUCAAGAUGAUCUGCCUCAUUGGGUCCUCUCAGCUAUGAAGUGCCUUGCAAAUUGGCCAAAUGGGACAGAAUCAGGUCUUCCUAACUAUCCAGGCUUUGAGAAAGACGUCUUGAAGACAGUCAGCAACUAUUUCCAAUCCCUCCUUCAACCCCUCCUGACUCAUCAACUCUACAAUCUCAUCAUCGAGUCAUUCGUAACUGCUGAGCGACGAGACCGGGGUUUGCACCCCGGGGUGGAGGAGUCUCCCUCCACCCCUCCAGAUGCUAUCCAAGGAUUAGCCUCGUUCCAAUCUGUGGAGAACCUCAUGCUGAACAUGACGUCAGGAGGACUGUUUGGGUUCUCGCCUGAGCUUGCUGGAGCGCCAGGCAGGCAGAUUGGAGUCCGAGAGUCAGCGGAUAGGGAGGUCCCUCAGGAUGCUGCGUCCAAAAGGUUGAAGAUGAUGGAGGUCAGAAAUUGGAUUGGUGACACCAGAGGUAUACCGCCAAGUACGGUGUCUUCUUAUAGAGGUAAGCAACAUACUGGGGAGUCUCAAACCUGCGUCACUCGUUCUCCGGCAACAACACAAGGAAGGAAGAUCAUCCAACGCUCAGCCAGUAUGCGUGUGACUGGCUUCGUUGGCAACGAUGGGACCAGUCAUCAUAAUCCUAGAAUUUGGGAUGGGAGGCAGUUGUCUACCCAGCCUCAAGGAAUGAGGCGCUGCAUUUCAGAACCGACACGAGGACCUCAUGGUCAGGACAAUUCUACUUCCAGUCAAGGAAAAGAACAUCAGGCCCGACCGGUUUCUAGUGGGGCUUACCAUGUCAGCAGCCAAGGAAUUAAUAACAGCUAUGAGUACAAUCAGCCUCAGAGGAACCAGAGACCAUUAUCAGCUCCGAUUCCUCAAGGACCCCCAAAGUACCCCUCUGCCUCCAACCUCAAUGCUCCAGACCAGCAAAGAACAGGGUCUAGAAGGGUAAACUCAGAGGUACAUAUCACAAACAGUGACUCAUCUAAACCACGGUCGAUGGCCUCUACUCAAGGAAAGUCCCAAUCAUCGAUAGUUGACAAGCAAAGAGAUCUCAAUUAUGGGUUCCCGAUGAAGUACAACUAUCCCACUGAAGGCAGACGUCAUUGUGGUUCGAUGAAUGACAUCAAUAACGCUGCCACCUCAAACACUCAGCAACUUCCUAAGGAAUCAACAAGCAUCAGGAAUCUCUUCGUCUCACGGAGGUUCGGCUCAGCGAGUGAGCUCUUCCAGAAGAUGUUCAAGAAGAAGAGCACCGUCGGCUUUGCUGACGGCGCCCCCGUUGAUCAGGAUGCAGGAGUGGACAAUCACCGCAGCGGCUCAACGCCUCAUCUUCAAGAGCAACAGCAACCUCAAAGUGGUACCAAGGGAACCCCUCCCAACCUCAUCAACAACAUGAAGAAGAUCAGCCCACCCUACCCACCGCCACUCCGAGCAACCCACUCCUACUCAAACCUCGGAAGCUCACGUGAGAACAGCGACAGUCAAACACCGGAUGUGAACCCACAGAUGGCAGGACUUAGAGCGACAAGCUCCUCCGAUGUGAGGUCAUCGGUCAGAGUUGAAAGAUCAAAAGGGGAAAGAAAACUGACACGAAGCGACAGCACAACAAGUUUGUACCUCAGCGAUGAUAAGUCCUACACCCAGGAAGCCUUGAAGCUUUGCUGUCUUCUGCUACCUCCGGUCAGCAGACGUAAACUCCAACUCGUCCUCAAACUCAUGACCAGAAUGGAAAGUAAUCCAGACCUCGUCCUUAGCAGCCGCAGGACAACAAGACAACUGGUUCUUCAGACGUUCAGCCGCACCAUCUUGUGUUCUGAGGAGGAGAUUGACUUCAAUGAGGCUCUGUCUAUCCGCAUCGUUGAGUACCUCAUGGAUAACCAGGCAGAAGUCUUCGCACAACCAGAAGAACUUAAGAAAGAUGUUGAGGAUAGGUUGGUGUAUCUACGCAGGGGACAGAUCCAGUAUUUGACCGGUGAGGAAAACAAGAAGCCAACAACAGCGCCCUCGUACUGCCAGAAGAUGAGCGUACCGGAGUACGAGGCGCAGAAGUUGAGUCACUCUCAGAGGGCCAUUACUGACCUCCUGGAGGUCAUCAUUAGCGAUCACAACAUGACGUCAAAGGACAAGAAGAAGAAACUCAAACAGUUCCAGAAAACCUACCCAGAAAUCUACGGCCGGCGUCUACCGACGACAGCAAGCGAGGCGGCGCUGUUCCCAGAGAAGCCCAAGAUAAAAGCACCCAUCGUCAACGUCAGGAAAUCUUUCACAAAGCUCAAGUCCCUGAGGUGAUCAACAUCUUCUAAAAUAAAUGUGUCCAAAUUUAAUCAAGGCUACGCAAACAAAUGGUGACCAUGCAUUAAAGGGAGGGUAUACCUUUGGUAAAAAAUUAUUUUUCAAAAAAAUAAUGGCU